AUGUUGAUGGCAGGACAAAGGGGCAUCUGGGCUAUGGGCGACGUGGUGGAGAAGAGUUUGGAAGAGCCACUGGCACCUCCUGCGGACGAACCCUCCCAGAAAAGGGGAGACCUGGUGGAAAUCUUAAACGGUGAUAAGGCAAAAUUUGACGACACGGGACUCUCCUUGAUUCUGCAGAAUGGCCUGGAGACCCUCCGAGUGGAGAAUGCUCUGACAGAUGUCAUCUUGUGCGUGGACAUCCAGGAAUUCUCCUGCCACCGCGUGGUGCUUGCUGCGGCCAGCAACUAUUUCAGGGCCAUGUUCUGCAAUGACUUAAAGGAGAAGUAUGAGAAGAGGAUCAUUAUCAAAGGAGUCGAUGCCGAGACCAUGCACACUCUCCUGAACUACACCUACACCAGCAAGGCGCUGAUCACCAAGCAGAACGUCCAGCGGGUCCUGGAAGCUGCUAACCUCUUCCAGUUCCUGCGGAUGGUGGAUGCCUGCGCCAGCUUCCUCACCGAAGCCUUGAACCCAGAAAACUGUGUCGGGAUACUGAGGCUGGCGGACACACACUCCUUGGACAGCCUAAAGAAGCAGGUUCAAAGCUACAUCAUCCAAAACUUUGUGCAGAUCCUGAACGCCGAGGAGUUCCUGGAGCUUCCCGUGGACACUCUGUAUCAUAUCCUGAAGAGCGACGACCUGUAUGUGACGGAGGAGGCUCAGGUGUUCGAGACGGUGAUGAGCUGGGUACGGCACAAGCAGUCGGAGCGGCUCUGCCUGCUCCCCUGCAUCCUGGAGUUCGUGCGCCUGCCGCUGCUGGACCCCUGGUACUUUGUGGAGACGGUGGAGGCAGAUCCUCUCAUCAGGCAGUGCCCCGAGGUCUUCCCGCUGCUCCAGGAAGCCAGGAUGUACCACCUGUCUGGCAAUGAGAUAAUAUCAGAGCGCACCAAGCCCAGGAUGCACGAGUUCCAGUCUGAGGUGUUCAUGAUCAUCGGUGGCUGCACGAAGGAUGAGCGGUUUGUGGCGGAGGUAACCUGCCUGGACCCCCUGAGGCGCAGCCGCCUGGAGGUGGCCAAGCUCCCGAUGACGGAGCACGAGCUGGAGAGUGAGAAUAAGAAGUGGGUGGAGUUUGCAUGCGUGACAUUAAAAAAUGAGGUCUACAUCUCAGGCGGCAAAGAAACACAGCACGAUGUUUGGAAAUAUAACUCUUCAAUCAACAAAUGGAUCCAAAUAGAGUAUUUGAACAUAGGCCGCUGGAGGCAUAAGAUGGUGGUGUUGGGUGGCAAGGUCUAUGUGAUCGGCGGUUUUGAUGGCUUGCAGAGGAUCAACAACGUGGAGACCUACGACCCCUUCCACAACUGCUGGUCAGAGGCUGCGCCUCUCCUCGUCCAUGUCAGUUCCUUCGCAGCCACCAGCCAUAAGAAGAAGCUCUACGUGAUCGGUGGAGGGCCCAACGGGAAACUGGCCACAGACAAGACCCAGUGUUACGACCCUUCGGCCAAUAAGUGGAGUUUGAAGUCGCCCAUGCCCGUGGAGGCUAAAUGCAUCAAUGCCGUGAGCUUCCGGGACCGCAUCUAUGUUGUCGGUGGGGCCAUGCGGGCGCUGUACGCAUACAGCCCCCUGGAGGACGCCUGGAGCCUGGUGACCCAGCUCAGCCACGAGCGGGCCAGCUGCGGCAUCGCGCCCUGCAACAACCGGCUCUACAUCACCGGCGGCCGCGACGAGAAGAACGAGGUCAUCGCCACGGUGCUGUGCUGGGACCCCGAGGCGCAGAAACUGACCGAGGAGUGCGUGCUGCCCCGCGGGGUGUCGCACCACGGCAGCGUCACCAUCAGGAAGUCCUACACCCACAUCCGCAGGAUCGUGCCCGGCGCGGUGUCGGUCUGA